AUGAAGAUUUGAGAGGUUCGAAAGAACUGUGUCAAAGAAACAGUUCGUCUUCUAAUAGGCUUGUCUCUUCGAUUCCCUGCUUUAUUUAUAACAGCUUUUAAUAACGGCACUAAAUCUAAAAUUUCAGGGUCAUUAUUUUCUACAAAAAAUGCCGUAUAUAAAACUUUGAUUAAAUCUACUUUAGAUAUCAGAUCCGAAUGCUCAAUACUCCAUUUCGGAGCAUCGAUAGUGUAUUCCUUGUCAUAG